AUGGCGGACCCUUGGGAAACGAGGUCGACGUUCCGACCAUGUCUGCUUCUAUUAGCGAUAUUAUCAACAAUGCUACAACCGGGCCUCGCCCAGAUCUGUUCUUUCUGGGAUGGUGGAUGUGUUGAUCCCUACGCCCAGACGGCAAUUUCCUUCGACUUUUCUCCUCUCUUCUUGGACGAUCUUACACUAUAUUAUGCAUACGACGCCAACUCUCGAGGUAAAGGUAACGAACCUAUGACUAAAGCUAGUUUUUGGAUGGGCUAUGCAGCACAUCAUGUCGACAGUUCAGCCAUCGACACAAAUCGCACGUUGGAGGUUGGCUUGCGUGUGGGAAACCUGACAGGGACCCCUUCCGGGGGGACUAAUGGAUGUGACGGUGUCUGGGGACCGCAAUGCUCGAUAAACCUCAAGGAGACGUUAAAAGAAGCUAUCUAUCAACUCUCCGCCAAGGGAGAAUAUUACACCUUUCCCCUGGACACUGUGUUGCACGAAAUGCUCGUCAACCCGCCCUCUCUUCCGAACUGUCCACCGCCUUUCUUCGAUGUCCAGAGAAUUCCUGUUAAGCCGUUCGCCUCGGAGACGGUAAACGACAAGGUCGCCACGAUGUCAACUCCUGGCUCAAGCGAUGACCCCUGGAAGACAUGGUAUAUCGAUAAUAUGACCGCGAAACAACAAGCAGACCAAGUUGCCGUCGCCAUCAUCAGCCGAAGCCCGUCGUACGACAGCCCACCCCUGAAGAGCAAAAGCGAUGUUCAAAUAGAACUGGUGUGUCUUCAGGCUCCUUCAACUGGAAGUUCGUCAUCAAACCAAGAUUCCACAUAG